AACGGUUUCCGGUGCGAGACGUAAUGAAUACACCCCUUGUUCGUGGACGUCUCCCUCGACGUGUUUUGUUAUUGUGGAAUCCUGUCAAACACACGGAGAGGCUCAAAGGUUUCAAUUGAUUGAGUGGACGGCGCUGUGCUAGCCACCUUUAAAAAUAUAUAUAAUCUAACUUACAUAUUUAUUUUUGUGUGUUGCUAUAAAGCUCCCCAAAAAACUCCGCUCAAUUCGACGCCAUGGACGUUGGUCAAGCAUGCCCCCCUGCCCCCACUCUCUCUCUUGACCCAGACAUCAACCUGAACUCUCCCAACAAGGGCCUGGGCCCUGCAGGAGGAGCAGACCCUCUGACUGAUGUCCCCGUGGAGGGCGGAGCCGUGGGGGUAUCCUCCAUCAACACGUUACCCCCGGGGCUCACAGAGGAGGAGGCUGAGGAGAUCCGCUCUGAGCUAGUCAAGGUGGAAGAGGAGAUCAGCACCCUGAGACAGGUGCUCCUGGCCAAAGAGAAGCAUUCUGCUGAUCUGAAGAGGAAGCUGGGGCUGAGCCCCCUCAACGAGCUCAAACAGAACCUCACCAAGGGAUGGCAGGAUGUCCAGACCUCUAAUGCAUAUCUUACAGCGUCUGCAACUUUGGAUGAAAUUGCCCGAUCUGAAGCGUACAAGAAGACUCAGGAGACCCUGUCUGUGGCGGGACAGAAGACCACUGCUGCCUUCUCCACCAUGGGAACUGCCCUCAGCAGGAAACUGGGAGACAUGAGAGCGCUGCCGUUCUCUAACUCCUUUAGUAGCAACUACUCCAUCCGCCAUUCGAUAAGUAUGCCAGCGAUGAGAAACUCUCCAACCUUCAAGUCGUUUGAGGACAAAGUUGGAAACAUCAAGUACAAGGUGGUUGGAGCCAGAGGUAACGGUGAAGCUGUCCAGUCCCCAACCGACACGAACCCUGUUCAGGACAACGCACCCUUCUGAAGAUCACCCCCCCCCCCCCACACACACACUCCCCUCCUCCUCUCUCUCAUCACCGGGACUGUGACAUCAUCAUUAAGCGCCUCAUCACUGAGUGACACAUGACCUUCGGCCUAAAGAAGUCACCUUCUAAUCUCCACAUUACUCACUACUGCCUCCCUCGCCUGACCUGGAAAACGUAGUGCCCUAUAUCAUUAAUACUACUACUAUCAUCCCCUAGCCCCUACUCCGUAGCCCCUUACCCUCUCCCUUGUGGAGAACUGAAAGGACUGGAGUGAUGUGUGCAGUAUGGCAACAAUUCCACCUAUGCUAUGACAGGUCAAGGUGGGAGGAGUCACUACUAUAUUGUCUAAACCAAUAGGUUGAUUUGUUGCAUAUUGCUUACUCUUAUCUAGUUCCUUCAGAUCUCCACAAGUGCCUAGGAGGUUAGGGGCUAAAGGUCCGCUUGGAAAUCUCCCUCCUCAGCGCCCCUCCUCGCCUACUAAGAGCAUGUGCAUAUCUCAUCUCACUGUGCAAAUAAUACAAACUACCGCAAAAUACAACCUGAGGUUACGUAACAUCAAAUCACCACAGCUUGUAAAAAAUAAAAUAAAAAGACAACUACGGUAAACCAUUUUGUAUUAUAAAACGAUUUUACACUGCUUUGCAUAAUGUUUUUACAUGACUUAUCUGUAUGUAUAAAUAUAUAUGAAUAAAUAUAUUGUGAACCAUUACUGCCAGUCGGCAUUCAUCGGUAGGUAUGGCUGACGUGGAGGCUCAAACAAGAAGGCAAAUAAAAAAUCACUACGACUACAACAAUGAUCAGUUUGGUGCCCUGCUGAGAGUUCGAUAUCAGUUUGGUGCCCUGCUGAGAGUUCGAUAUCAGUUUGGUGCCCUGCUGAGAGUUCGAUAUCAGUUUGGUGCCCUGCUGAGAGUUCGAUAUCAGUUUGGUGCCCUGCUGAGAGUUCGAUAUCAGUUUGGUGCCCUGCUGAGCGUUCGAUAUCAGUUUGGUGCCCUGCUGAGAGUUUGAUAUCAGUUUGGUGCCCUGCUGAGAGUUCGAUAUCAGUUUGGUGCCCUGCUGAGCGUUCGAUAUCUGUUUGGUGCCCUGCUGAGAGUUUGAUAUCAGUUUGGUGCCCUGCUGAGCGUUCGGUUUCUGUUUGGUGCCCUGCUGAGCGUUCGAUAUCAGUUUGGUGCCCUGCUGAGAGUUCGAUUUCUGUUUGGUGCCCUGCUGAGAGUUCGAUAUCAGUUUUGGUGCCCUGCUGAGAGUUCGAUUUCUGUUUGGUGCCCUGCUGAGAGUUCGAUAUCAGUUUUGGUGCCCUGCUGAGAGUUCGAUUUCAGUUUGGUGCCCUGCUGAGAGUUCGAUUUCUGUUUGGUGCCCUGCUGAGAGUUCGAUAUCAGUUUUGGUGCCCUGCUGAGAGUUCGAUAUCAGUUUGGUGCCCUGCUGAGCGUUCGAUAUCAGUUUGGUGCCCUGCUGAGCGUCCGAUAUCAGUUUGGUGCCCUGCUGAGAGUUCGAUAUCAGUUUGGUGCCCUGCUGAGAGUUCGAUAUCAAUUUGGUGCCCUGCUGAGCGUUCGAUAUCAGUUUGGUGCCCUGCUGAGAGUUCGAUAUCAGUUUGGUGCCCUGCUGAGAGUUCGAUAUCAGUUUGGUGCCCUGCUGAGAGUUCGAUAUCAGUUUGGUGCCCUGCUGAGCGUUCGAUAUCAGUUUGGUGCCCUGCUGAGAGUUUGAUAUCAGUUUGGUGCCCUGCUGAGAGUUCGAUAUCAGUUUGGUGCCCUGCUGAGCGUUCGAUAUCUGUUUGGUGCCCUGCUGAGAGUUUGAUAUCAGUUUGGUGCCCUGCUGAGCGUUCGGUUUCUGUUUGGUGCCCUGCUGAGCGUUCGAUAUCAGUUUGGUGCCCUGCUGAGAGUUUGAUAUCAGUUUGGUGCCCUGCUGAGAGUUUGAUAUCAGUUUGGUGCCCUGCUGAGCGUUCGGUUUCUGUUUGGUGCCCUGCUGAGCGUUCGGUUUCUGUUUGGUGCCCUGCUGAGAGUUUGAUAUCAGUUUGGUGCCCUGCUGAGAGUUUGAUAUCAGUUUGGUGCCCUGCUGAGCGUUCGGUUUCUGUUUGGUGCCCUGCUGAGCGUUCGAUAUCAGUUUGGUGCCCUGCUGAGAGUUCGAUUUCUGUUUGGUGCCCUGCUGAGAGUUCGAUAUCAGUUUUGGUGCCCUGCUGAGAGUUCGAUUUCUGUUUGGUGCCCUGCUGAGAGUUCGAUAUCAGUUUUGGUGCCCUGCUGAGAGUUCGAUUUCAGUUUGGUGCCCUGCUGAGAGUUCGAUUUCUGUUUGGUGCCCUGCUGAGAGUUCGAUAUCAGUUUUGGUGCCCUGCUGAGAGUUCGAUAUCAGUUUGGUGCCCUGCUGAGCGUUCGAUAUCAGUUUGGUGCCCUGCUGAGCGUCCGAUAUCAGUUUGGUGCCCUGCUGAGAGUUCAAUAUCAGUUUGGUGCCCUGCUGAGCGUUCGAUAUCAGUUUGGUGCCCUGCUGAGCGUUCGAUAUCAGUUUGGUGCCCUGCUGAGCGUCCGAUAUCAGUUUGGUGCCCUGCUGAGCGUUCGAUAUCAGUUUGGUGCCCUGCUGAGCGUUCGAUAUCAGUUUGGUGCCCUGCUGAGCGUUCGAUAUCAGUUUGGUGCCCUGCUGAGCGUUCGAUAUCAGUUUGGUGCCCUGCUGAGAGUUCGAUUUCUGUUUGGUGUGUUUCUACAAUGUGGAAGCAAGGCUUUAGUGUAAAGACCAGUUUCUACCUUCAUCAGAUGGCUAUCUUUAGGCCUUACUCUUUCAGUCUUAUUGCUUUCUGUUACUUUGCUGGUAUAAAAUAAAUGUAAUUUUUUUUUCUCUAUUCUUUCUUAAUCUGGAAGUUGUAGAAUAUCGUUUAGCCUGGGAGGUGCUUGCGUUCUCUUUUUUAUUUUGUAGGCUCAAGUGUUUACUGUUAUUGUGCCACAUCUGAAAUGAUCAACUGUCAAAUACAGUCCAGACAGCUCUCUGUGUCCACCAUUUUAUUCUAAGAAUUGUCCUCGUGCCUCAGGCGUAACUCCACCACACACUUGUAUGCGCACACUCCUGUACCCAGACGUACUCGUACCCACCCUGUGACUAGCUCUACUAGUUAUUUAUAUAUCAACAACACUUCCUGUUUUGCCAGUGUGCACUAAACCCAACCUACUUUACACUAUAAAACAAAAAACAAACUACUAGCUGUUGCCUAGCUUUUACAACCUUCAACACAACUUGAAAUAGCUUCUGUUGGUUUGGUAACAACGUCUCUUUUUGUUGUUUUCAACAUGAUGUAUCUGUGGAGAUUGUAUUCCCCCCCCCCCCAAUUUAGUGUUCCAUUUCUAUCCAGGGGCUGGAGUAUUAAUUUACCCUUUAACUUCUUUUAUAAUUAUAAUGUUGUAUUAUUUAGUAGUGAUGAUCAUAUUUAGGUUAUGUGUUUUUUGACGUCUCAUUCUUGGUUGGAGUUUAAGGUUUGUUUUAUAUUUAAUAGCCAUCUGUAAAUCGUUGCCAAUCUGUCAUUUACCUGCCUGUUACAGAUCUCUCUCACUUUCAAAUUAAUACCGUAGUUAUUAUAUAGAUGGUAGGUCUCUGCUACGAGCUGGACCGGUUUCUCCACCGAUCUGGACCGGUUUCUCCACCGAUCUGGACCGGUUUUCCCACCGAUCUGGACCGGUUUUCCCACCGAUCUGGACCGGUUUCCCCACCGAUCUGGACCGGUUUUCCCACCGAUCUGGACCGGUUUCCCCACCGAUCUGGACUGGUUUUCCCACCGAUCUGGACUGGUUUUCCCACCGAUCUGGACUGGUUUUCCCACCGAUCUGGACCGGUUUCCCCCAGACACGGAUCAGACCAGAGAAUUUCUGUUAGGAAUGCGUUUUUAGUCCAGGAUUUAGCUUAAUCUGUUGGCAGACAGGGCCUCCCAAAGGCAACCCAAUUCAUGUUUUGUCCGAUUUAUUGGCAAAAGAUCUGAUCGGUCAAAAAUACCAAUUUUAGUGGCGAAAGAUCAGAAUUGGGCUGCCUGUGUAAACGCAGCCUUAGUAUAUUCCGUUGUCUGUUGUCUCUGGUUAUGACGGAGCAAGGGGAAAGGCAGAUGUAUCCCAUAGAUUGUGUAGAGCUGCAAAAAACAUUGUUUGGGUCUAAUGUACAUUUUUGGGACACCACAGCUGAAUUUGUUAAAACACAUUAUUGAAGGCAUGUACAAUGUUGGGAAUGAUAGGAAUAUAUAUAUAUAUAUAUAGCUUUAUUUAGAAUGGGAGCCUAGUUUUAGACCUUUUAAAUGGAUAUGAGAAUGGUGGAUGAAUUCAACUGUUGGUUUGUCAUAUGUUGAGAAUAUCAAUAAAGCAUUCCUUUAAACAAA